CUCCAUGUCUUAAGACUUGAUCUGACCGCGCAUACUGGACACUCAUUUGCCUGCCUUCGUCCUCGUCAGCGUACCAUGGCCACGCCUCGCCACUGCAGUCGCUACAAAGACGUACUGCUCUCUCGAGCCAACAUCGAAGCAUUGAUUGCCACAGGACGCAAGGUGGUUAUCCUCGAUGGAGCUGUGUUGAAGGUGGACGCAUGGCUUCCAUACCAUCCGGGAGGCGACAAGGCUAUCCUUCAUAUGGUCGGCAGAGAUGCUUCGAACGAGAUCAAAGCCUUCCAUUCGCAAGAGACGCAGCAGUUGAUGCAGAAGUACUGCAUUGGCAAGAUUGAAGGCCAAUGGACGGACUUUGUGCCUCCGAUACAAGGGGGUGAGUUCAGGACAGAGGAGCAGCAGCGGGCAACAUCAUCAUCAGUGGUAGAAGAGCAGGACGAGGAGGAUGAAACACAAGACUCGUCGGCAAGCUCCCAGACAUCCUCGCCACUCUUUGAAGCUUCAGACCACGACCAAAGUAACAUCCGCAGGCGGAGAGGAAGCUGUGCUGGAGCGAGCGAAUCUUCUGCAACAUCGCUUGAUACGCUCGCUAUUGGGGAACCAGCGAUACAUGACAAGAGGGAAUACCCGGCAGAGGAGCGAACACAACAAGAGCGUGACCAUGACCUCGCAACAUACCCCUCACUGGACCAGAAGACGCAGGCAACAAUCAUACACAAGUACAAGGAACUGGACGAGAAGCUGAAGGCUGCUGGUCUGUAUAGCUGCAACUACACAGCCUACGCCAUCGAAACAACACGUUACACCCUCCUUGCUUGCUUAGCUUACUACUUUCUCCAAAAACAAUGGUAUAUCCUCUCCGCCGCCUUCCUGGGCAUGCUCUGGCACCAACUCGUCUUCACUGUCCACGAUGCAGGCCACAUGGGUAUCACCCACAACUUCCACAUCGACAGCACCAUCGGAAUCCUCAUUGCAGACUUCCUCGGCGGCCUCUCAUGCUGCUGGUGGAAACGGAACCAUAACGUCCACCACAUUGUCACAAACUCCACCGAACACGACCCAGACAUCCAACACAUGCCAUUUUUCGCUAUCAGCCACAAAUUCUUCUCCAACUUGACAUCAACAUAUUACGACCGAAUCAUGACCUACGACCCUUUCGCACAAUUUGUACUCAAAUACCAACACUAUCUGUACUACCCCAUCCUCUCCUUCGGCCGUUUCAACCUCUACGUCCUCUCCUGGCAAUACAUUUUCUUGGGUCAAGGUCCUCGCAAAGGUCCCGCCUGGUGGCAUCGCUACCUCGAAAUGGCCGGCCAAGCUUUCUUCUGGUACUGGUUCGGCUAUCUCGUCGUCUACAAAUCCGUAGACACCAACCUCCAUCGCUUCCUCUACGUGCUGGUCAGCCACGCCAUCACCAUGCCCGUACACGUACAAAUCACGCUUUCUCAUUUCGCCAUGUCGACUUCAGAUCUUGGCGUGGCGGAAUCUUUCCCGCAGCGCAUGUUGAGAACGACUAUGGAUGUGGACUGUCCGACGUGGCUGGACUUUUUCCAUGGCGGAUUGCAGUUCCAAGCUGUCCAUCAUCUGUUUCCGAGGAUGCCGAGACAUAAUCUAAGGACUGCGCAGAAGUUUGUCAUGGAGUUCUGCGAAGAGGUGGGGAUUCCCUACACGAUUUAUGAUUUUGCGGAAGGGAAUGGAAAGGUCAUUGGGAGGUUGGGGGAUAUUGCAAAACAGGCGAGAAUCAUGAGCGAGUGUCAAAAAGCAGCGUUUCGGGAUGUGAUAGAAGGGCAUUGAGGAGCCAGACAGCACAGCUUGAUGAUGAGUAUGCAGGCAUGCUAUAGUCCUGUGAGCGGCAACGAACAGUACGUGUGCGUGUGUGUGUAGAUAGACACAGGGCUUGCAGAGGAACGACUCCAGCUCCCAUUCAAUCAGAUCUGCG